AGAAACUCAAAGAUAAGUGCAAAAACAAUAAUAUAGUAGUAAUUUUACCGGGGGAAAAAAGGGUGCGCCACUGUCUUCUCCCUCGAGAAUUGGCAUUAGAACUUCACUUACAGUUUGCUUUGAAGUAUCGCCUUAGUUGGCUAACACCCAGAUAUUUCAGUUAAAUGAACUGAAAUUGAUAAAAAGAUUACUUCUGUAGAGAAGAGAAGAAAGUUGCUUCAAUAGGCCGUUAGCCAGAUUUUGAUUUAAUAUCCUUUACUGUGCUUAACUUAUAUUGAGAUAUACCUAGGAAAUGAGUUCAAUGUAGGUAGCACUAAGGGAAGAAUUGCUGUCUUUUUCCUAAUGAGGGAAAAAUCCAUAGUUGUUAAGUCAUUUGCAAAAUGCCCAUUUGUUUGGUUUAAGUUAUUGCUUCUAUGGAAAUUGACCUUGAAUUGCCUUCGGGGGUUGACACGUUAGAUGUGUACAUGGGUAAAAAUGCAAUUGAUGAUUCAAGUCAAAAUCAUGCUGGGGUAGAAUAUGUGAAAGAGAAUGUUGACGAAAGUGGCGAUGCGAUAGGUAUGGAUGUUUUGGAUGUCGAUAUUAUAGAUAAGGGUAUAGCCAACAACGAGCCACAAAAGGAUAUGGAAUUUGAAACAAAGGAGGCUGCUUACUCUUUCUACAAGGAGUAUGCGAGGUUACUAGGAUUUGGCAUUACGAUAAAGGCGAGUCGUAGGUCAAAGAAAUCGGGUAAAUUUAUUGAUGUGAAGAUUGCAUGCUCUAGAUUUGGGGCCAAGCGCGAGUCUGGUAGUUUUCGAUCAUGUCCCAAGACUGACUGCAAGGCCAGUGUGCAUGUGAAGAGAAGGCAGGAUGGGAAAUGGUAUAUAUAUAGCUUUGUUAAGGAACAUAAUCAUGAAAUUUGCUCUGAUGACUUUUAUUGCUCCGUCAGGGGAAGGAGCAAGCAAUCUGCCAAUGUAGUUUACCAGAAAAAAGGAUUGCAGCUUGCAUUAAAUGAGGGGGAUGUGGAAGUGUUGCUUGACACUUUAGCUCUUAUGCAAGCUGAGAGUCCAAAUUCUUAUUAUGCUAUAGACUUUGACAAAGAAAAACGUAUGAGGAACGUAUUCUGGGUUGACGCAAAAUGCAGAAAUGAUUAUGGCCAUUUUUGUGAUGUAAUUUAUUUGGACACCUAUUACAUCAGAAACAAAUAUAAAGUCCCAUUUAUACCUAUAGUUGGGGUCAAUCAUCAUUUCCAAUUUUUGUUGCUCGGAUGUGCCUUGGUUGGGGAUGAAACAUCAUCAACUUUUGCUUGGUUAUUGCGCACUUGGCUUAGAGCUGUAGGUGGCCAGAGUCCUAGAGUAGUUAUUACUGAUGAUGACACUUCCGUGAAAGAAGCAGUAGAGCAGGUCUUCCCUGAGGCACGGCAUUGUUUUUGUUUGUCGCAUGUAAUGGAGAAAGUUUCUCAAGAUCUAGGUAAUAAGAUAAGUAAGAUCGAAGAUUUUGUAAACAAGUUGAAGAAAUGCAUGUGGUUGCCACUUAAAGAAGAAGAAUUUGAAAGAAGAUGGUGGGAAAUGGUUGAUACAUUCAAGCUGAGGGAUGAUGACUUGAUUCGAUCAUUGUUUGAAAAUCGAACAAAAUGGGUUCCAGUGUACAUGAGGAAUACUUUCUUGGCUGCACUCUCUACUGUUGAGCGGUCUGAAAGUGUAUCCUCCUCCUUCGAAAGGUAUAUUUCCUCUGAUACUACAUUCAAAGAGUUCAAUGAUGGGUACAAGCUAUUCGUGCAUGACAAGUAUGAAGAGGAAGCAAAAACUGAUAUUGAAACGCGUCACAGACCACCUACCAUAAAGACUCUUUCUCCUUAUGAGAAACAAAUGUCUACUGUCUAUACAAACUCACUAUUCAUGAAAUUUCAAGCUGAGGUUGUUGGCGUUGCUGCUUGCACUGUCCUGAAUGAUGGUGAAGAAGGAACUGAGAAGUUGUAUAGAGUUAAGGAUCGUGAUAAAAACCAGAGUUUUAUGGUAUCCUGGAGAGGAAGAGAAUCUUACAUUGUUUGUUCAUGCCGUUCCUUUGAGUAUAUAGGUAUUCUUUGUAGACAUGCAAUUACAGUUCUUCAAGUAAAUGGUGUCCCCAAUAUCCCUCUGGUGUACAUAUUAAAGCGAUGGACACGAGAGGCAAAAAUUAAAGGUAGAGCAUGUAGGAUUUCAAGCACCUCUUGUUACAGGAUCCAACGUCUCAAUGAUCUUUGCAAACUAUCUGCCAAAUUUGGUGAAGUUGGAUCUUUAUCCCAGGAAACCUAUGAAUCAGCUGUCUUCGCAAUCCAAGCUGCAAUGCAAGAUUGUAUCAAUGUAAACAACUCUGUGAAGAGUGCAUUAGUCUCUAACAUUUCUUCUUCUCAAUGCAACCCUAACAUUGAUGAAGAGAUUCAAGGUGGCAGCAUGGCAAAGUCAUCAAAGAGAAAGAAAGUACAGAAAAAGCGCAAGGUGCAAUAUAACGGUGAAGUGCUAUCUACUAGGAUCCAAGAUAACAGCCUGCAGAUGGAUCAAUCAAACUCAAAAAUGCCAACUAAUGAAGAUGCUUUCCUUGCUCAGAGGCACGUACAAGGAAUGGAUCCAGGCUCCAGAGUGGCAACAAUUGACGGACACUAUGCUCAUCAUAGCAUUCAUGGAUUGGGACAGUUGAGUUCGUUUUCUAUGCUACGAGAUAACUAUUACAGCAAUCAUCAAGCCUCACACAGAGUUCUGGGAAACUUGAAUUAUAUAUCAGCCCACGGUGGUCAUUACUCUCCUCACAGUUUUCAAGGACUGUUGCAGGGACAGCUUAGUUUCAAAGCACCACUACUGCAUACUUCUUUUGACAUUCAGGGAAAUUCAUCUGAUAUGGACAAUCCAACCAGUGUCACAGGAAAACAUUUGCAGGAUUAGUGUUUCUCUAUGCAGGAUCGGAAAAAGUGUUUAAUUCGUCUCCUUUAGGAAGUUAGCAGAAUAGGAAAUUAAUGUACAUUAUUGUAAAAGUUUUGUAUUCCUAAGCAUGUUUAACAGAGAAAGAAACUAAUGUACAUUCCCAUAUAUGAGAAGAAAUGUUCGCUUGUUCACGGAGAGAA